AUGAGAUGUUCAUGGCCGACACGCUUCACCUUCUCGAUGGUCCUCACGGUCGUCAUCGCCAUGCUUGCCGUAGCUUAUGGAUAUUCAUCUGUUUCAUCAUCAAACCAUAGGUUUCCUCAUUACAAGUACAAAGCUCCACUUCCUCCAACGACUUAUUCUCCUUACCGUUACUUCUCACCGCCUCCACCUCCUCCGGUUACUGAUUCAGAUUCUGCCGCUUAUGCUCGAUAA